GGAGGCGGCGCCGGGAGCACGCUCGCCCCGCACCCGGCCGCACACUGCUGCCCCGCGGGGCACCGGAGCCUCGGGCGGAGAAGCCCGGAGCGGCAAGCGUGGGGCUCUCCCCUGCCGGGAGCCCCGCCCGUGCCCGGGGCGGAGGGUGCCCCACGGCCGGCGGGCAGCCCGUGCCUCUGCCGGUGGCCCCUGGGCAGAGGCGGCCGCCCGCCCUGCGGGGACAGGGGCAGGCAGCCCCUGCGACCCGGCUGCGUGCGGGGACAGGGACAGGGACAGGGAGCAGACACGAGAUCCCGAGAUGUUAGUAUGGGCUUGUCAGCUCCAAGCUUGCGUUUGACCUCAGCCCUUCCAGGCGCUGGAGGCGCGCCUAAGAGUAUCAGGGAUCUUUUUCAGAGCCGGGACCCCAACUGUCCAUCCCAGGCAGGGGGCUGGGUGCCAGCCCGGCUCUGAAGAAGCUCUCCGCCUUUGAGAGCUGCCCUCGCAGUGCCCAGGGGAGCAGCGGCCGGCUCUCUUGUCUCGGCUCCUGGGCUGCUCCGCAGAAUAAGGCUCCUUUCAUGCCUCAGCAUGUUGCCUGCUCAGCCCCCCCGCUUUCUACCUGUAACACUGGCGUCCCUGUUCCUUCCCAGCCUCGGCAGAGAGGGCAGGGGCUGCUGCACUGAGUCAGCUCUCGGGGCCUGGGAAUUGCUAGCGCAGGCAUAGAGAGCCAUUGUGCCUCCAUAGCCUCCUCUUCACGGUCGCUGUGGGAGAGCGGAGCUGAUUCUCCUCCCAUGGCAGCGCUGCAGGAGCUGGCAGGGUAACAGCAGGCGCAAUCGUGCUGAACGGAGCUUGCAGUCCCUCUCAAGUUGCAAAUGUGGCAACAGACCCUGUCAUUUAUAUCUGACUUCUGCAAAAGUGAACGGCGUUUCUGCACCCCACCGUCAGCCACAGUUAAUACAGACAAACCCAGGAGCACAUGAGCAGCUUCAGCCCCAGCUGUGAGCACUGAGCCCUGAUUUUGCAUCACACAGCAUCUGUACAGCCUGUGAUGAUGCCCCUGCAGCAGGAGAGAUUGAGGGGAGGUGUCAGACUGUCUUUUCCAGGGGAGAGGGGAGACAGAGGAGUAGGAAGCAGGCAAAGAAAUCCACCCCCAGCCAUGUGCACCUCUCCCUGGUCUGGAAAUUUCUGUCUUUUAAGUCACAGAAGGGAGUUUUCUGGGUGAAACACAGACUCAGCUUUGGUCAGGUUAUUGAACUCCAAGGGCCUGGCCACAGUAGCUGAGGAUGAGAAAAGUCCCUGAGGUCUUUUCCAAGGGGCCAAGAGGCUGAUGGGAGUGCUUGCUCAUGAAAUGGUAGGGGACUUUCUUGCCUUUAAAGUCCUUAGAGUUUGUGAAUUUCUAAGUAAAGUCCCUAAGUUUGUAAAUUUCUGAGUUUUGUGUGGGGACUACUAGAGGUCACAGUUAUACAACAUUGGGGCCAGGUACAAGGCUAAAUAGGGCCUAAAUUUCUCUGACUCACUUGUUUCAGGUAGAGGAGGAAUUUACAUCUCUGUCCCUUUCAGUCACAGGAGCUUUUCUGGUGUGUGUUUAUGUAGCCAGCCCACAGCACUGUCACCUGGUCCCCAAGGCAACUGGGAGGCUUUUUCAACUGAGGGAACUGGAGCAGGGAUGUAGCAGGGACCAGGGAAAUGUUCUACCCUGAUGCAGGAAUCUGCAGUUUGCUUUGUGAGGGGAGGAUGCAGGUGGCCUUGGGUGUAGGAAGUUUUUGCCUGCGUGCUCAUUCUGUUGAGUACCUGGUGCCUCUGAAUAUUGAAGGUUUGCCUUUGUGAGAGAGAGGACAGUGAAGGGAAGAACUCCUUCAAGGACUAUUAAAACUGUUUUAAAGCUGGCUAGAUCACUUCCUACAGCUACAGCUGAAGAAUAUCAGCUAUACCUCAUUGCACAGUCCUGGUAAAAUCCCAACCAGGCAGCUGGUAGGAAAGUUCCUUUCCAGCCUUUCUUUCUGGCUGUGUUUUGCCAAGCGGGUGAACCCUGAUAAUUUCCUCUGAGCUGUGAGGAAUGCCUUGGCACACUUCCAGGGCUGCAUGGGGAGGUGGGGGAGGCUAACAGCCCCAAACCCUGCCUCUCAUCCACUCACCUGGCGUAGCUGGAGAGGAAAGCUCUGAACUGUUUGCUUCCAGAGGAAGGUUGCUCAUAGCCACAGGCUUGAAACAUGAGCUUCUAGGUAGGAGUAAAUUCUUUUGUUCAGUGACCUUUUCCAUUUCCACCCCAAAACUGCUAAAGUUUAACUUAUAAAGGUGAGGUCUGAGGUGCUCCUUACAUUUGCAGUAAGAGUGUAGUCAAAAGCAGAUGGUUACAGCAGUGUUCCCUCUAAUCCUAGGAAUCCAGGGUUCUAAGUCCACAUAUUCCAGAGCAACCACCUUUAGCAGAAGCAAACACAGAUGCCUGGCCUGUGCUUUUCAUCUCUAGAGGACUCUUUCUACUCUUGAGCUGCCAGCAUCACUGUUGUUGCUGCAGUGGGGUCUGGGAGGCCGUAUUACAGGUGAUGAGGAUCAGGCUGGAUGUGGGUAUUACAGGCAUGUGGAGUGGAGCUGCCGUGCACCAGCAGCCCACCCCCACCUGCCUCUUUCUCUCUCUGCAGAUUUUGCAUUCCCCUCCUGCUGGCUUCCCUCCCUGCGAUGGCUGCAGGUGAAGAGAUUGCCCCUGCCCUGCAGGACUCCUGGGGGGACUUCUGGCUCUUCCGCUUCUUUGUUAAUGCUGCUGGCUAUGCCAGUAUUGUGGUACCAGGCUUCCUCCUCAUCCAGUACUUCAAGAGAAGGAACUACUUGGAGACAGGCCGAGGCAUUUGCUUCCCUGUCAUCAAAUCAUGCGUGUUUGGCUCUGAGGUGAAGUCUGUACAUCAGGACGAUGGCUCCCUGCCACCCCGAGCAGAGCCCACAGAGUCCUCCACAGCCCGACAGGUCUUCAAGCUGCUCUUCUGUGCUGUUGGCCUACAGGUUUCCUACCUCACAUGGGGUGUCCUCCAGGAGCGUGUGAUGACGAGAACGUAUGGUGCCACUGAAACAGACCCUGGAGAAAAGUUCAAGGACUCCCAGUUCCUCGUGUUCAUGAACCGCAUCCUGGCCUUCACAGUGGCUGGUCUGUACUGUGCCCUGACCAAGCAGCCGCGCCAUGGGGCUCCCAUGUACAAAUACUCCUUUGCCUCCCUCUCCAACAUCCUCAGCAGCUGGUGUCAGUAUGAGGCACUCAAAUACAUCAGCUUCCCCACCCAAGUGCUGGCCAAGGCCUCCAAAGUGAUCCCAGUGAUGAUGAUGGGCAAACUGGUGUCGCGCAAGAGUUACGAGUACUGGGAGUACCUGACUGCUGCCCUCAUCUCCGUGGGGGUCAGCAUGUUCCUGCUCUCCAGCGCUCCUAACAGGACGGUGUCCACUGUCACCACUUUCUCUGGCAUAGUGCUCCUGGCUGGCUACAUAAUCUUUGACAGCUUCACCUCCAACUGGCAGGACGCUCUCUUCACCUACAAGAUGUCUCCGGUGCAGAUGAUGUUUGGUGUCAACGUCUUCUCCUGCCUUUUCACUGUGGGCUCGCUGGUGGAGCAGGGUGCCUUGCUGGAGUCGCUGCGCUUCAUGGCCCGCCACUCGGAGUUCACCGCCCACGCCGUGCUGCUCUCCGUGUGCUCCGCCUGCGGCCAGCUCUUCAUCUUCUACACCAUCAACCAGUUCGGGGCAGCCGUCUUCACCAUCAUCAUGACACUCCGCCAGGCCUUUGCCAUCCUCCUCUCCUGCCUCAUCUACGGGCACACUGUCACUGUGGUGGGUGGGCUGGGCAUAGCCGUUGUCUUCAUGGCCCUCUUUCUCCGUGUCUACGCCCGCAGCCGCAUGAAGAAGCGCAGUAAGAAGCUCCCGCCGGGCGAGACCCCUGUACAAAAGGUCUAAGGAAGCUGAGGCCAUGGCAUUUAAGCCAUGCCUGCUGUCCUACCCCCACUCAAGGGUAUUUGCUGGAUUUCUCACAGCCCACUGAGAAGAGUGGGGUAUGGAUAGGCAGGACCAGUGACUCAGUUUUCCACCUGCUUUUCCUGGGAAAGGGGCUGGAACAAGCCCAGGAAACGCUCUGGGCUGACGCAGCUCCAAACCUUUCCAUUUGCCUUAAGAGGUCAAAGACUUACAGCCAAGGCACAAGCCUGGGGACACACCAGCAUGGGGCUGCUGGUAUUCCUGCCUCACCUCUGUCUCGUGGCUUCUCCCCAAAGUCACUGAUGAACAAGGGAGCUCUUCCCCGACAGUGUCUUGCCUCUGGCUAAUGUUCCUCCAUUUCUGUUAGUACUACAGAGCUUGGCAGGAGGAAAGGGCAAGCAAAACACUAGGUUUCUUUUUGAAACACCUCUGAGUGAGGCAGGUCCCAGGCUGAGCCCAUCGAAGGGUGGGGAGUGCUCUUCCUCCAUUCCAGGAGGGGCUCUGGGUAGUACAGGCACAGCCAAGGGAAGGACUCCCAGCCUGUCCUACCCCAGGCCUGGGAUCUGCUCUGGGAGGGCACUGCAGUGAAAGCCAGUACCUCCCACUUUGGUUUUAUCGAUUCUUAACCCCUGCUCCAGGACACUUUUCUUUGGCCCCCUCAGCCCAGGCUGAUUUUUAUGCAGUACCUGAGCUGGACAGUUCCCAAGGCUUGCUGAGUCCUUCGAGGCUGUAUUUUGGUUACAUCUGCUGCUGUUACAGGCCAAAGGCUGCACUGCCCAGAAGUCCCAGCACUGCCUCGGGGGUCCCUCAGUGCCAUGGUUUCUGGGCUUUGCAGUUCCCAUUCAGACAAGCACAACAAGCCCUCUUUUUCCUGCCACCUGGAGGCACUGGCCCUGCUUUUCCCAGGGCUGGCCGGAGCCUGUGCCUGGAGGGUUGGGACAUGGGGCAGAGCCCGCUUGCGGUGCCUUGUUCCAGCUCCACAGACAGCAGGGGAUGGAGCAGUGAAAGCUGUUCUUCCCCAGAAGCCUGGGUUUUAUUGGUCAAUCUUUUCUCGUCAACACAACCUGACUGACAAACCAGCAGGUUUUGGUACUUUUGCAAGGCAACUUUUUUCUCUUUUUAUUUUAUUAAAUUAAAAAUAUGCUGCAUAUAGUGCCAUGGGU